GGAUGGAUAUAGCAUGGGUUUGGACAACGCUUGCUGUGCUUGUGUCUGUGUCUCUCAUUCAUGGCCUUGUAAAGAAGAUGAAUGGCAAGAAAUGGCCACCAGGUCCAAGAGGGCUUCCCAUUUUGGGACACCUUCACUUGCUUGGUCAAAAUCCCCAUCACGAUUUGAACAAGCUAGCCAAACAGUACGGUCCCAUCAUGCAUUUGCGGUUCGGAUUGGCUAACAUGAUCGUUGCUUCAUCCCCUCAGGCUGCCGAGCUCUUCCUCAAGACACAUGACCUUGUUUUUGCAAGCAGACCACCUCAAGAAGCAGCUAAGUAUAUCUCUUAUGGUCAAAUGAAUUUGAGCUCUUGCCCAUACGGGCCUUAUUGGCGCAACAUGCGCAAGUUGUGCACACUAGAGUUGCUUAGUAAUCUUAAGAUCAAUUCAUUUCAAGCCAUGAGAAGAGAAGAGUUGUGUUAUCUCAUUGAAUCACUCAAGCAAGCGGCUUUGGAUCGUGUGGCUGUUGAUUUGAGUUCUAAAGUUUCUGAACUAAUUGCUGACAUCAGUUGCAGGAUGGUGUUUGGGAAGAAGUACGAGAUGAAAGACCUUGAUGAGAGGGGAUUCAGGGGUGUGUUGAAAGAAGAAAUGGACCUAUUUGGUAAAGUAAAUCUUGGGGAUUAUUUUCCUUUUCUUAGUACGCUUGACCUUCAAGGACUCACAAGACGAAUGAAGGCUCUUGCCAAAACUUAUGAUAAGUUCUUUGAGAGGAUUCUUGAUGACCAUGAACAAAGUGGACAAAGUGGAAGCAGUGAUCAGACAAAGGACUUUGUAGAUACUAUGUUGUCCAUCAUGAAGUCCGGAGAAGCUGAAUUUCAAUUCAAUCGUGAACACAUCAAACCUACUUUGUCGGAUUUGUUUGGAGCAUCAGAGGCUAUAACAAUAUUGAUCGAGUGGAUAAUGUCAGAACUUUUGAGACACCCAGAAAUAAUGAAGAAAGUUCAAGAAGAAUUGAAAAGUAAGAUAGGUUUGGACAGGAUGGUGGAGGAAUCGGAUUUGGAGGAUUUAAAAUAUUUAGAAAUGGUAGUAAAAGAAUCCCUUAGACUUCAUCCUGUGGCACCAUUAAUCCCUAAUGAGGCAAGGGAAGAUUGCAUGAUUGAGGGUUUUCACAUACCAAAAAAAUCACGAAUCAUCAUAAAUGUUUGGGCGAUUACACAUGAUCCAAAUGUGUGGACUAAUCCUGAAAAAUUCAUCCCUGAGAGGUUUGAAGGGAGCAAUAUUGAUUAUCGGGGGCGACAUUUUGAACUCAUUCCUUUUGGCUCGGGUAGAAGAAUUUGUCCAGGUUUGCAGCUUGGAAUAACUUUGGUUCGAUUAGUAGUGGCACAACUACUACACUGUUUUGAUUGGGAAUUUCCAAAUAGUAUGCCAUAUGAAGAGUUGGACAUGACUGAACAAUUUGGUCUUCUGGUGUCUCGUGCGAAUCACUUGAUAGUUAUUCCUAACUAUCGAUUACAUAUUUAAGUGAAUUAGUGUUAGAACGCUCUUUUCAUUACAUAAAUAAGGAGAAUACCAAACUUCUUACAAAGCUUGUAGCCAAAAGCCGAAAGCCAAAAGUCGUCAACGUCUCCACUUUCUAAAUUUUCUUAUUUAAAAUCUAUGUUGUGUCUUGUGUAAGGUCUAGAUAUAGCGAAUGCUAAAGAAUGCUCAGUUUCCAAUUCAUCCAAAUGCAAGGAGUGUGCCUUGCUGAAAUGCUUUUGGAACUAUGUGUACUCCGUUAAUGUUUG